AUGUCUUUGCUCGGUCUCGCUGUAAGGUUUUCUCGCCCUAUAUUAUGUACUCUCCAACCAAGAGUCUUUUUUCAAUCUUCGCAGAAAAGGGCCAAACAAGUUGAGCCUGCGCAUAAGUUCCCUGAGUAUGCUUCUUCAUUCAAGAAAGUUCAUUUAGAUCCACUGAGGGUGAGCAUCAAACCAGCUCUAGCCGAGAAUCUUGUAAUACCUAAAGAUGUUGAAGUCUUAGAUACUGACUUGGAAAAUUCAAACGCUCAUUACCAAAUUACUGAAGUUGUGAUGAAUAGUUCUAAAAAGAUAGGCGGAGACGAAACUCUUACUGACACACUUAUGGAUGACUUACUUCGUAUCGCUAAGUUAAAUGCUUUCCCCUUAAUGAUCAGAAAUAAACCGAGAUACGAAUUAUAUGUCAGGGAUAAUUGUGUAAUAGCAAAACCUGAAUUCUUAAUUAAGUCGCAAGACAAUGUUUUGGUUGCAGUAGAAGAUAAGCACCUGGAUUUAGUCAGGCCAGGCAGUGGAUACGGGGAACCACAACUUGCUAUAGAAAUUCUAUCCAGCGGAAGUGAAAAUUCACGUCCUUAUUAUGAUGAAAAACUGGGUUACUUUAAAGAUCAGAUCGUAUUCGCCAUUCGUGUCAUUUCGACAUAUGUCACUUUUUAUAAAGCUGUGAUCCCUGCUAAAUAUUGGAAUGAGCUUGAAAAUGGCUUUCCGGAAGAACAGUCAAUUGAAAUUCUAAGGUGGCCAGCUAUAAAUCUUAAAGAUUCUGGUUUUGAUCUUGCUGAGCCAGAUGGAAGGAAAAGAGUUCUAACUUCAUUAAUCAACAUCC